AUGCACACCAUAACUAUAUCGCCUGUUUAUCAAGUGGUCUACGUGAUUGUUCCAACAGUGGGUACAAUCGGAAAUAUUCUCAUUAUCUACGUUACUAUACGAUCGAAAAGCCUACGAAGUACAUGCAACAUACUCAUUGCCCUAAUUUCCGCAAGCGAUAUUAUGCAGAUGUUUGGUCUAUACGUAAUGAUGGUCACAUACUUUGCUACUAUGCUUGUGCAAAAUUACCAUAUGGCCUACAUCGCUAUGCAUGUUAUACCAGCCGUAAUCAUUACUAUGGGUUUUGGCGUAUGGAUGUUCAUCGAACGCGAUGAAAAAGAGUACAUUCUCUGUGAAAUCACUGCUCCUCAGAACGGCGUCAUAUAUUCAGUAAUAACAAAAUUCGUUAUUUCCGUCAAUGUGCUCAUCAUUCUUUGCUAUGCUCUGUUCUUAUACUUUAUGAAGAAGGCCACAUCAAGUGCAAGGAAAGACCUGAACUGUGACGACACUUUUGAUUCGAAUCUAUUGCAAACUCUACCACGAUGCCAGUGUCUCACUAGAAAUCCACCGUUUUGGACCACAUUCGUCACAUUUGGAUCGUUUUCAUUAGUUCGCCUCACUCUGUGGAAAAUUAAAGUGCCAAAUAAUGACAAGAUGAAGAAUAUAUACAGGUCACUGAUUGUGACCAGUCUCACUGUAGUAUUAAGUUGGUUCACUGGAACUCUUGUCGGAGUUCUCGCACCGGUUGUCGAUCAUGAUCUUACCAGAGCGGACGCGGAUUUACUUGCUGGACUUUUUGCCAAUAUACCUGCUGUCGCCAACAUCUUUAUCUACUAUUUUAUCAGCAGGGACUACCGGCUGGUUUUCCAAAAAUAUUUAUUUUUAUGCUGUCGUAAGAAAGCUGGCGCUCUGCAAGUGAAACCUGGUGGAAAUCUGGCUCAAAAAAGUACCGCUACCCUAUCAACAGCAGGAAAAUAG